UUGGAGAAGCUCCAACACAUGAGCUUACCUCUCCCGAAAUAAGUGUUUUUUGUGAAUGACAGGGUCGUUAAGACUGACAAAAAGAUCUCUCACUUACACAGCACUACAAGGCUACUCUCUGUGAUACUUUAACUGGAGCUGGACACUAAAAAAAGGGCAAAAACGUUUUUAUUCCCAUUCUGAGUCUAAGUCCACAAGGAUAUACUCAAAAAACAGUUACAAUGUUUUUAUUCUGCUUCUGAGCCAAGUCCAAAUGGGCUUAGUCAAAAAAACGGCCAAAAACGUUUUUAUUUCCAUUCUGUGCCUAAAUGUGGAUGGACUUAUUCUCAAAAACUGUGAAAAUGUUUUUAUUCUUCUUCUAGGCCCUUGUUUCCAUCCUCCAGCGUGGGCAGGAUGUCCUCAGAAGGUGUCCGAAAAUAAUGCAUGGUCGUCGGACUGACCGUCGGGGAUCGGGAGGCCAUAAUUCUUCCAGAGAUUCAUCUUCACUCACUGUCUCAUCUUAAGAAAUGGCUGGGGAAAAGAAAUCUGCAGCUGCACAUAGACACUAUCUACUCUGUCCAGUUUGUUUGAGGACCCAAGAGUCUCUAUCCUGUCACCUGCGCAGAGUCUGCAUGAAGGAUAAGACACCACCACAGAUCCUAGAGGUGGUUGAAAAGGCCAAGAAAGAUGUGUGUGACCUCCUGAAGAAUGGACGGGCUUUUAGUUAUGCAGUCCUGAAGCAAAUCGUCUCAUCACCAAAUCCACUCGAAGGAUUGAUUGAGGAGCUGAAAUACCAUCACUUGUUUGUGACAGGAGUCCCUCCUCCUCUGCCCAUUGGUAAUCCAAGGUUGGUCACCGAAACCCUUUCUGAAUGCCCUGGGGAGGCACCCGGAGAGACAGAGCCAUCUGAUGUGGAAUCUUGCGGCAGCAAUGAGCUUUUUCAAUGUAGACAAGAGAAAACGUAUACCAAAGACAAAAUGGUGAAAGCGAAGGAUUUAGGCAUUUUGAAAAAGCAUUCAGCAGAUCAUCCAUUGCUCAAGCGCUUUGCCGACUACCUAAAGAAUGAUUACGAAAAUGCAAAGUACCAACAGGAGGUUGACACUGUUUCCCGGUACCUGUAUUUUGCUGAUCCUACGGAACCAUCUUUGAAGUUUGUCAAUGACAGAGAGAAGCUCAGAGACUUCCUGGGUCAACAGGCUAAGGCAGGGUAUAAGGCACAAACAUCAGGAAAUUACAUCAAGUGCUUGAAAAGGUUCUUGGAGUUCCACUUGACAAGGACCGGCUUGAGACAGGAUGACAGGGAGCUCUACAAGCAGUGCACGUUAUAUUUGAGUUUUUUAACUUCUUCACAGAGUGUCCUCUCUAAGCAAGCGAGCAAAGAAAUUGUGCAAAAGAGGCAUGCCUUGUUGUUUGACAAAAGUCAACCCACACCUCGUGAAUGCUUGGCUGUUCUUGAUAAAGGUGAAGGUGACUUAGUGAAAAUCAUGAAUCAACUUGAUGACAGUUCUUCUUCCUCCCUGAGUAGGACUGAGUGCAUAUUUGUGCUAUACUAUCUUGAGGCAAUUGUCAUAUUAAGACACUGCCAACGGCCAUGUGUGGUGCAGAGCAUGAAGGUCAAGGAAUGGCUUGAACGGAAACACGCAGAUGAUGAUUCAAUUGUUUUUGUAAAGGACCACAAGACGGCUGCACAUUUUGUGGUCUCAAUUGUCCUGUCCAAGAAGGAGGAGGCGUGGUUUGAGAAAUAUUACAACAAAGUGCGGCCACAGCUCCUUGCUGGCGAAAGGAAACCUGGUGAUCUGAUAAAGCUCCAGCAAAAGUGCAACGUCCCCCAGGUGAGCAGCCAGGUUGUACGGAGGGUAUUUGAGACAGCAGCUAACCGCCUGGAUGACCCUCAGAAGAAAGCAGUUUCUGACUACCUGGGAUGAGGACUCCAAAAUCGUACCAUGACCCGUUUGGUGAGAUGUUUCAUAUGUUUUUUAGUGGAACAAUUCUUGGCAUGUAUGGAUAAACUUUCUGAAUAUGAUGCGUGGCCUUUGACCUUUGGGGGGUGGUGGGGCGGCGGGUGACUCCUAAAGCUUACAGGGCAUCUGCCUUCAGAGACACCUAUGACAUGUCCCUGUUUGGUGAAAUGUUUCAUCUGUGUGUUUGUUUGUGCUGAUGGCUCUUUAAAGGAUAGGGAUGAGGACUCCAAAAGCGGGAAAUGACCCAUUUUGGUGAAAUGUUUCAUAUGUGUUUUUUAGUGCUGAUUUUUGUUUUUGUUGUGUAGCUGUUUUGCAACUUGUUCUAGCUUGUGUAACUUAAAUUGAGGUUCUGUGGUGAUAUCCUGUUUCUUAUCUUUAGAGAUAUAUCAAUUAAAAAUCGUAUUCAUUCUAGAGGACUGCUGAGGUUUCUCUCAUUUUGGUAAACUUCAACACACU